AUGAUCUAUAAUUUCGUUUCAACAAGAUAUCAUCAUUUUCAAGUUUCUAUUCAUAAAACAUUAAAACACUGUGAUAAAGAAAUGACACCAAAUGAUCAAACUAAUGGUGGACGCAAAACAGUUGAUAUUUGUGAUUUAGUACUUGACUAUGUAACACAAUUUCCAUUUGCUAAAGAUGUAAAAUCACGUAUUAAUUUAGAUGAUAUUCACUCAUCUGAUAUUGAUUUUACACGUUUAUUUGUUACUCAUAAAAAAACAGAAUACCUCUUACCAAAUAUAGUCAAUGGUGAUACCAAACAAAGUAUUGCAGUGCCACCAAAGACUUUACCGCCAACUCUCAAAAGAGAUCUUAAAAGCCAUGUUCUAUUCUCAUCUAUAUUUACAAACAAAACGAGUGAAACACAGACAAAUCAUUUAAGAACUGAACGUCGAACAAGUUCAUCUUGUCGACUGAGUUUACAAAAGGUUGUUACAAAGGGUGGAAGUAUAAAUUUGCAAAUAGGACCACCAAGUAUGUCUGUGCAAGCUAACGGGGGUUUUCGACGCGAAAUAACAAUGUCUAAGGAUAUAGAAGAAGUAUUUGAAGAAGAAUUAACCUGGACAUUAGAUACAGAAAUAGUUGUCCCUCCAGGAUAUAAAACACGUGCUGAGUUAAUUAUUACGGAGGAUGAAUACUACGGUAAAUUUCAAGUUGAGACAAUAUUUGAAGGUUCGAUCUCUGUGAAGCUACGUGAUAAAAAGGAUGGAUCUGUCGUAUCUGUUGUAGUUAUAAAUGAUUUAAGUAAAUUUCUAACUGCCAAAAAUGGAUUUCAUCCAAUACCCAAUUCAACUAGUGCUGUUUGUUUCGUUAAUGAGGGCUUUUGUCAUUGUCAUUAUGGUAUUGGUCAACGUGUGGAAUUGCAGGAGGAGAAAAUCUAA